AGAAACUUUCAGCAACUAGACCAAAUCCAAAAUAGCAUAAUCAAGAAGUGCAUCAAGAAAUGAUAAGAAUACAUUCAAAAAUUCAUUCAACAUCAAGUUCUCCUCAGUUCUUACCUAAAUAUCAUGGCUGCAAAAUUCCAGCCAUCUGCGAUUCUUUAUCUAUUCUUUCUAUUCAUCAUUUCUUCCAUUCCUCAAUCCACUUGUCAAUCCAGUCCUUCUCAAAACAUCGAAACUCGAUAUCCAUAUUCUCCUCCUCCUCCAUCUCCUCGUCCGGCUGAUGAACAGCCUAUUAGUCCUCCAACAAUACCAAAUCCAGUUCCAUCGCAACCAGCUGCCCCGCCAGGAAAAUCAUCGUCGAAAAAGGCAGUUGCAAAAGCAGUGGCUGCCACCGCUGCUAGCACUCUUGUUUUAUCCGGGCUGCUUUUCUUCUUACUCCUAAGGCGCUCACGUCGAAAAAGGGGGAGAACUGAAGUCAAUCCCUAUGCUGAGAAUCCUGUGGUGCCUCGUCCUCAAAAUGAUUUUACGCGGUUUGAUGGUAAUGUAAAGGGGGUGAUUGUUGACGAGAAUGGAUUGGAUAUGCUUUAUUGGAGAAAUUUAGAAGGGGGAGAAAAGAAAAGAAGUUUCAAGAAACAAGCCUAUCAGAACUUGAAAUAUGAUCAAGAAAAUAAAGAAGAAAAAAGAAUCAUCAGUGGAGAUGAUAGAACGAAGAAAAAUGAAUCACCAAUUCAAGAAACUCCUUUGCUCAGAGGAAAAUCUUCAACCUCUCAGAGUGCUGUUUGGAUAGAUAAGGAGGACUCAAGAAUGAAGAGAGUACCUACACUUUCAUCUGGAAUUGCUGUGGAAAAGCAAAAUUCUUUAAGUCAAGUUGUGAAACAUUCAGCACCGCCAGCACCACGGCCACCCCCAACGAAUAUUGAGGCAGUUCAGAAGGCAGAAUUGGCUGCACUACCACCUCCUCCUCCUUCGGUUCCAUCAAAUAAACUUCCUUCUCCAUCACCACCACCUCCUUCGAUUCCAUCAAAUAUACGUCCUUCUUCACCACCACCACCUCCUCCGGUUCCAUCAAAUUUACAUCCUUCUCCUCCUCCACCACCACCACCACAGGCAAGUGGAGCGGUUUCAUCAUUGAAACCCCCGGCACCAAAGGGAACGCCUAGUGGCAAUCAGCGUUCAUCCUUGUUGGGAGAAGGCACGUCGAGCAAUGAGGAUGAAAAGGUGAAACUGAAGCCCUUGCACUGGGAUAAGGUGAAUCCAAAUGUUGAGCAUUCCAUGGUGUGGGACAAAAUUGAUCAAGGCUCUUUCAAGUUUGAUGGUGAUCUCAUGGAAGCUCUCUUUGGAUAUGUAGCCACCAACCGAAAAUCUCCUCGACAAGACAUUAAUUCAACAAGCCCGAGAGGGGAUAGAUCCGCUCCAGCCUCCCGGAUUUUCAUUCUUGACACCAGAAAAUCCCAAAACACCGCAAUUGUACUUAAAUCACUUGGCGUUUCGCACGGAGAAAUCGCCGAUGCCCUUGUUAAGGGAGAUGGCCUAAAUGCAGAUACACUUGAAAAGCUCACGAAAAUCUCUCCAACGGAUGAAGAAACUUCUGAAAUCCUCGGUUUUGAUGGAGAUCCUACAAGACUUGCUGAUGCAGAAUCCUUCCUCUACCACCUCCUCAAAGCUUUUCCAUCUGCUUUUACUCAUUUCAACGCCAUGCUUUUCAGAUCAAACUAUUCCACAGAGAUUUUGACCCUCAAAGAAUCAUUGAGAUCAAUUGAAUCAGCUUGCAACGAGCUUAGAAGUCGAGGGCUCUUCUUGAAACUUCUGGAAGCAGUUCUCAAGGCAGGGAAUCGCUUGAAUGCAGGGACGUCAAGAGGAAAUGCACAAGCAUUCAACCUUACAGCUCUUAGAAAACUAUCCGAUGUCAAAAGCAGCGAUGGAACAACAACUUUGCUUCAAUUCGUCGUCCAAGAAGUAGUCCGAGCUGAGGGAAAACGGUGCGUGCUUAGCAGAAAUCGCAGCGUGAGUCGAACAAAUAGCCAAAACACUAAUCCUGGAAACGAAAGUUCUGAUAAUUUGGUUCCACAUACUGAUAGAGAAAAGGAAUACGUGAUGCUUGGAUUGCCUAUGAUAGGAGGUCUAAGCGCCGAGUUCUCAAAUGUCAAGAAAGCAGCCAGAAUGGACUACGAUUCCAUCGUUAAAACGAGCUUAGGGUUAUCGUCGCAACUGAUCGAAAUUCGAAAAAUACUGGCGCAAUGUGAUCAUCACACAGGAUUUGCAAGGGAAAUGAAAUUAUUUGUAGAGAGGGCUGAAGAAGAAAUAAAAGCAGUGAAGAGAGAUCAAAAAAGAGUGAUGGAACUAGUGAAGAAAACAACAGAUUAUUAUCAGACAGGGUCCUCAAAAGACAGAGGGACAAAUCCACUUCAAUUAUUUGUCAUUGUUCGAGAUUUCCUAGGAAUGGUUGAUCAAGUCUGUGUUGAUAUUGCAAGAAAUGUUCAGAAGAGAAAACCUGCACCAUCUUCUGCUGGAUCAUCAUCGAACCCAGAAUCGCCAAGGAUAUUUAGGUUCCCAAAAUUGCCGGCUAAUUUCAUGUCGGACCAUUCGAAGAGCAGUUCGAGUGACUCGGAUAGUGAAUAACCAAACACAAUUCUUGGGUCUCGAAUCAACAAAUGGACUAAAACUGGCGCAGUUGCAUCAGAAGUAAGCUAAUUCCUGUACACGGACAAAAUGGAUACAAUUGACACUAUAAAUGCCUUGGUUAUUUAAUUUUUCUGUAAGAAAUUCUUUUCAAAUGUAUCAUCAAUUCAUGAAAAUGAGUUAUUCUUUUGCUGGCAUGAUGGUUUCUCCUGUUUCUUCCUUCCAAGAUAUUAAUGAAGGCAAUGAGUAUUGCUUCUUUCCA